AUGCCGGACCAACUCAAGGCUAGCGAAGUCAACUCCAAGACUGAUCCCUCCGUUGCGAAGCAGUAUGACGACGAGACGCCCAAGGACCAGCAGAUUAAGCAAUUCUUUGAAAUGGUAGAUGGCAAGAAGAUUUGCAUGCUCAACACAUACCGCAAUGGUGUCGGCCCUGUCGGUCGCUCCAUGGCCCUCGCCCGCCGCGAUGGUCCCGACUUCCUCUUCCUCGCCAACGCACACUCGCAAAAGUUCAGCGACCUGGACCAAAACAAGGAGGUCCAGAUCUCCUUCCAGGACCUCAAGACCCAGGAAUGGGCCUCGAUUACCGGCACUGCCACAACAACCGACAAUAGCGACCCCCGCAUUAAGGAGGUAUGGAGCCGUGGAGCUGCCGCAUGGUUUGGUGACCUCGGUGACGGAAAGCACACUGGUGGCCCUGAGGAUCCCCGUAUGACCUUGAUUGAGAUCAAGAGCAAAUACGUCUCGUACUACGUGACGGAUGUCGGUCUUUUGGGUUACGCGAAGGAGAUCAUCGCUGCGAACGUCACAGGUGGCGUCGCAAACACAGGCAAGCUGAGGGAACUCAAGGAGGCGGACUUGGAGAAGGCGCGGUCCAUACGCCAGUUGCCUGAGUAUCCAAAUUGCGCUACGAACUCUUCUCAGAUCAAGCAUAUCACCACUACCAUGGGCAAUGAUCACCCUGACGCGGACCUUCACCCUGAAGCAACGGGGCUUGCAGCAGCGACUGUCAAACGCGUCUGGAUUGCGCUAGAGGAGAAGGGUAUACAGUAUCAGUACAUUGAAGUCAACCCAUACCACAAGCCAAAGUCUCUAUUGGAUCUCAAUCCGCGCGGCUUAGUUCCAACGCUACAGUACCAAAACAAGCCACUCUACGAGAGUACUGUCCUCUGCGAGUUCCUCGAGGAAGCGUACCCUCAGCACACACCGCACCUCAUGUCCACGGAUCCAUACGAGAGAGCCAGAACGAGGAUCUGGACGGACUAUGUGGGUAGUCGCAUCAUCCCUGCGUAUCACCGCUUUCUGCAACAUCAAGGCGAUGGCUUGGAAGAGAAGCAAAAAGAGUUCUUGAAUCACCUCAAGGAGUUUACGCGCGAGAUGGAUGCCGAGGGGCCAUUCUUUUCGGGCAAAGACUUUCAACUCAUCGAUAUUGUCAUCGCGCCAUGGGCAAAUCGACUCUGGGUGUUUGAUCACUUCAAGGGUGGUUCGGGUAUCCCUGAUGAGGGCAAAGGCGGGGAGGAUGAGGAGGUCUGGAAGAGGUUUCGGAAGUGGCUGUCUGCUGUUGAGAACAGGAAGAGUGUCAAGGAAACGCUAAGCGAGAGGCAGCAUUACCUGCCUAUCUACCAGCGUUAUGCGGAGGAUAGAGCGCAGUCUGAGGCGGCAAAGGCCAUCAGAGCUGGUCGAGGGAUUCCGUAG